UUAAAACCCGACAAAACACAAUCUCGUGGUGAGUAGCUCUUCGUCGACAAACUAGCAUUCCACACUCCGUCGGACGCCGUCCACCAUUGUCAGCCCUGCGUGGUUGUUCUCAAGCAAGUAGUGAAGAAGGUUCGAACUCUAGGGCUUUCCCAGAAUCCGGCAUGGUUUUUCUCAGACACAAAUUAUGAAUCUCACUUCUUUCAAAUUGGACAUUGAUGAGCUUAUUGAUGAAUUUACUCAGGAUGGAUCAACAGCUUUUGCUAAUAUGAAGAGAGUAUGGCUUUCGAAGAAGUUUUCUUACAUUUAUGAAGCUAGUCCUUCUACCAACCUGGCCUUCUUUAUGCAAACUCUGUAUGCCCAUUCUAUUGGUUAUAUGGUUGGCACUGCCUCCUUUUUACACAGAUUGGGUGGCCUCUAUUGCCUCUACUGUCUAUAUGAGACUCAACCGUUUAAACCUCCUUUUAGAGUUUAUCUGUCCCUUGGAGAGUUAAGGAAACUUAGGCUCCUUGUUGCUGAUGCAAAAGAAAAAGAUAUUAAAGUGGUGCCUUCUUUGGUUAAAAAAAUGCUAGAAAAUAACAUGUUCCUUUUUGGCUCUGUUGACUUAAUGGAAGGCUCUGUUGCGGAGACAGUAAACCAACUCGAACAAUUACAGAAUGCUCGUAUUCAAGUUGCAUAUGAAAAGUUAUUUGAAAGUACUCCUAUUGAGCAACACAUCCACAUGGACCUUGGUGCAGAAAUUGACCUAAAUUUACUGAAGAAAAUGUCAUCUGAAUAUGCCAAGGCAAAGAGCAUAGCCAUCAAAGAAGCAAGCAAUGAUAUAGAUGUCCAGAACAUACAACACAUAUCAGAAAAUAAGGAACUUCUUGGAGAUGCUGUAGAAAAGAUUGCUGGCGAUUGGCUUACCCAGAAAGAAAGCUUCUAUAAACAAACGGGAUUGGUGAAUGAUGAAGGAUAUGGUCAGGUGCUGGAACAGCUGCUUCUAGAACAUCAGGACGAUGGUGACUUUAGUCAGGAUGACAGGCGAGUAUCCGAAUCUUGAUUUCAAGGGCUCAUGUUUAUUAGUCGACAGAUUUUCAAAAUCUCCUAUAUUGAACAGGGAUUGGCUGUAAAAUCUGUAAAUAUCUACAAGUUGAUCCGACGAAUAGAAAAUGGCUAUGAAAUAUACUAUGAUGAUUCAAGCAUUUCAUUUUCAUCCACUGCACAACAUUUUGUUGGUUUAAUUAUUAUUAGUAUUUGUAAAUUGUAACGUCAUCUUCAACAGAAAGAUCAGAAAUUUGGGCUUCA